AUGUCCCUCAAUGAGCGUCGCGCCAGCCACAUGAACGCCCCACGUCCCCGCGUUGCGUCGAGUCGCGUUGCCGACAGUGAAAGGGCCGGUGUACGCGGCGGAACAGCUUCGCCAGUACAAGCAGAGAACAUGGAUCAUCGCGGAAGUACGUCGGCCCAGAAGAUCAAGGUCCCCCGGGAACAUAUCAUGAGUGAAAAGCGAACCGAGCGCGUUGUGAUCCAGACCAAGGAAAAGGUCCAAGGUCGAACAAGGAACCCUGCAAGAGAGUCCUCCAACGCUGGCAGUCGCGGAGAUGGGGACAGGUCGCGCUCCAAAAGGCCCAAUCAACCAGAUGCAUCCAGUCCCAAUAUCCGGAAGAAGGAGAGGGAAGCGCCGGAUGCACCUUGGAGCCCGCAAGCCUCUUUGAUGCCUCAUUCUACGGCACCGCUAGCUACGCGCGUAUCGGUACCCCCCUUAGCUUCUGUGCUGCCGCAAUCACUUCACCCCGCACCGAUUCGUGACCUAUCCACCGACGAGCAAGAGAAGGCUAUUUUGGAGGAUCUACUGUUCGUGUUUAUGGGAUUCGAGGGCCAAUACAUUCAUUACCACAGUCAAUAUGAUCCAUCCGCGGAGAAAGACCGUUUAACUGGGCCAGCUUUCCAGCUACCGUCAGGAAUAGAUCCAACCCUGAGGGACCUUACGCGGUCGAUGCUGAAGAUGGCGACGCACUAUAGCGCUUUAGAGGCAUUUGUUGAGGUUCAAAGUCGCGCUGAAUAUGGGGCUGUAAGCCAUGCAUUAUGUGCUACAAUCCGGAAACUUCUCAAGGAUUACCUGAUUCUCAUUGCUCAGCUGGAAACACAGCUUCUAAACAAUCCGAACUUCACUCUUCACGUCCUCCACCUCCACACCAUGCCGACUAGCCAGUGUUUGGCUCAGCUAUACUCGUUGGGUCAGGAGCUACUCUGGAAGAACGGUCUUCUAGACCAAGAUAUUGAUGAAUCCAUUGAUGACUUCGACGAUGUCGAUAAUAUCCUCGAACAACUCAAAGAAGGAGGAAAUCUUGUCCCCGGUGCUAUGUCGGGUAAAAAAAUAUGCAAAGGAGGCAAUGUUCUCCGACUUCUGACGGAGCGGUUAGCAACCUUUUCCGGAGAUCCAACCACAAAGACACUAUUGGAGACGCUGCUCCGGGAAUCGAGCAGGCCAUAUAUGACCAUGCUCAAUGAAUGGCUUCACCACGGAGGAAUCAAGGAUCCCCAUGCGGAAUUUCUCGUGAAGGAGCAGAAAUGGAUCAAGAGGGAGAAACUUGAGGAAGACUAUACGGACGAGUACUGGGAGAAGCGAUACACAAUUCGCGAUAAUGAGGUUCCUCCGCAACUGGAUAGUGUAAGGGACAAAGUGCUUCUGGCCGGCAAGUACCUCAAUGUGGUACGAGAGUGCGGAGGUGUGGAUAUCAGCAAGGCCGUUAAGGAUGUCCCCAAGACGUUCGAUGACCCUCGAUUCCUAGAGAACGUGAACGCCGCAUAUACUUACGCCAAUGCUUCUUUACUAAACCUGCUGUUAACCAAAAACUCUCUUACUACUCGCUUCCGCUCCCUCAAGCAUUAUUUUUUUCUCGAUCGAUCCGAUUUCUUUUCGUACUUUCUGGAGCUGGGUACAUCUGAGCUACGCAAACCAGCCAAAAGCGUUAAUGAGAGCAAACUACAAUCGCUUCUCGAUUUGGUUCUACGUCAACCAGGGAGUAUCGCAGCACAAGACCCAUUCAAGGAAGAUGUCAAAGUCCGAAUGAAUAAAGUUGGGCUCACCAAAUGGCUAAUGCAAGUGGUCAGCGUCUCCGGUAUCGACCAGGAUAACCCUGAAGCAGCCCUGGAAAGAUACCAAGUACCCCAAACGCAAGGAGAGGACGACAAAGAUAUACUUGGAUUUGAUGCCCUUGAACUCGAUUACUCUGUGCCAUUUCCUCUCUCUCUCGUUAUCGGCCGCAAAACCGUCCUCCGAUAUCAGCUAAUCUUCCGCCAUUUGCUGUCUCUUCGCCAUUUGGAGAACAUGCUGGCUGCUUCUUGGCUGGAUCAAAGCAAGGUACCGGGCUGGCGACACAAGUCAUCAGACCGAAGGUUAGAGAUGUGGAAGAGGCGUGCAUGGAACCUGCGCUCAAAGAUGCUUGUCUUCGUGCAGCAGCUCCUUUACUUUUGCACCGCGGAAGUAAUCGAACCAAACUGGCAAAAUCUAAUGGAUCGAGUCAACGGUACGGACGCAGACGGAUCAGAAGUAACCGUCAACGGCACAAAGCAAGUCAAUCGAACUGUGGAUGAAUUGAUGCAGGACCAUGUGGAUUUUCUUGACACUUGCCUUAAAGAAUGCAUGCUUACCCAAGCCAAGCUAUUAAAGGUUUGCUUUACCAUGGAACUUACCUUUCAAGCAAAGAUGGGGAAGGGGGGGGGGCGGAAAAAAAGACUAACGAUGAAGCUAGAUACACUCAAAGCUACUAACCUGCUGCACGAUGUUCGCAUCCUGGGCCGCUUCCUCACUUGGACGCGCUCUGACUACUGCCGACCCGGACCUAAGUUCCAACACCCCCAGCUCUGA